CGACUUGUCUAGUUAUCGAUAACUGCGCACAGCCAAACAACCAGUCCACAAAACAAAUGUAAUUUUACCUUUGAAUUAAAUGAAUUACUGAGUAUUUUGGCAAAAAUAAAUGGCGCAAACGCAAGUCCCAGCAGCCAAGCGCAUGAAGCUGGAGAAGAAGCCGGCAAACCCCGUGGAGGAGGAUGAAACGCCAUCCGUGUUCAAUCCGAAGUACAGGGUGUGCCCCUAUUUGGACACUAUCAACCGCAACUUGCUGGACUUCGAUUUCGAGAAGCUGUGCUCCAUCUCGCUGACAAGGAUCAAUGUUUAUGCGUGUCUGGUGUGCGGGAAGUACUUUCAGGGGCGUGGUACCAAUACCCACGCCUACACGCACUCCGUGGGAGAGGCACAUCAUGUGUUUCUCAACCUGCACACGCUGCGAUUCUACUGCCUGCCGGACAACUACGAGAUUAUCGACUCCUCGCUGGACGACAUCAAGUAUGUGCUGAAUCCAACGUUCACUCGCCAAGAGAUCAGUAAACUGGAUCAACUUCAGCCGAAGCAUUCACGAACCGUUGACGGAGUUCUAUACCUACCCGGAGUUGUAGGUCUGAACAACAUCAAGGCCAACGACUACUGCAACGUGGUGCUACAUGCCCUCUCCCACGUUGGUCCACUCAGGGAUUACUUUCUGCGGGAGCAGAGCUAUGCGCAUGUCAAGCGGCCACCUGGGGAUUCCAUGUUCACGCUAGUCCAGCGAUUCGGGGAGCUAAUGCGCAAGAUGUGGAAUCCGCGCAACUUUAAGGCACAUGUGUCGCCACACGAGAUGCUUCAAGCCGUAGUGCUGUGGUCCAGCAAACGGUUUCAGAUCACCGAGCAGGGCGAUCCCAUCGACUUCCUGUCCUGGUUCCUGAAUACCCUGCACCGCGCACUCAAAGGCAACAAACAGCCCAAUUCCUCCAUACUCUACAAGAUCUUUCUGGGAGAGAUGCAGAUCUAUACGCGCAAAAUACCGCCAGUAGAGCUAGACGAUACGGCGAAGGCGCAACUGCUGGCUACCGAGGAGUACAAAGACCAGGUGGAGCACACCAAUUUCAUCUACCUCACUUGCGAUCUGCCGCCGCCGCCGUUGUUCACCGACGAAUUCCGCGAGAAUAUCAUACCGCAGGUGAAUCUCUACCAGCUAUUGGGCAAGUUUAAUGGCAGCGCCGAGAAGGAGUACAAGACCUACAAGGACAACUUUAUGAAGCGAUUCGAGAUCACCCGCCUGCCACAAUUCAUUAUUUUGUAUAUCAAGCGCUUCACGAAGAACACGUUCUUCCUGGAGAAGAACCCCACCAUAGUGAAUUUCCCGAUCAAGAACGUAGACUUUGGCGACAUUCUGGGCAUGCGACAGCGCGACAAGGAUGUUAAGGACACGAAGUACAAUCUGGUGGCCAAUAUUGUGCACGACGGUGAUCCCAAGAAGGGCACCUAUCGCGCCCACAUUUUGCACAAGGCCAACGGCCAGUGGUACGAGAUGCAGGAUCUGCAUGUCACCGAGAUCCUGCCCCAGAUGAUCACGCUCACCGAGUCCUACAUUCAAAUCUACGAGCGCUGUGCAGACUCCUCGUGAUCCCCCUGAGUGGUAGUUACUUCUAGCUGUAUUUCAAUCAACAAACUGAAUGAUCCAAAAGUAAUAUAUGCUUUAGUCGAGUUAAGCGACUAUGAGAUGCCCCUAAAAAGGA